UCCACGGAUGUCUCCUAAGGCACAACGGCACCCUCGAGGUCACAGAGUCUCUACUGGUAGGGGUACAAUUUCAAGUGGCUUAGAAUUUGUAUCUCAUAAUGCACCAGGGGAAGCAUCUACUACUGCAGUGGCACGAGGCAGCCCUUCAGGUGGGACGUGGUCAUCAGUUGUCAGUGGGGUUCCGAGAUUAUCCCCUAAAACACACAGGCCUAGGUCUCCAAGGCAGAGCAGCACUCCCACGGGACCAGCUCUGCCUUCUCCUCAGCCUGGUACUAUUCCCACUGAAUCUGUUGCCAUGCCUGUUCCAGCUGCCUCUCCUACCCCUGCCAGCCCUGCAUCCAACAGAGCAGUUACCCCUUCCAGCGAAGCUAAAGAUACUAGGCUUCAGGACCAGAGGCAAAAUUCUGCAACUGGAAACAAGGAGAAUAUAAAGCCAAGUGAGACUUCACCUAGUUUUCCUAAACCUGAAAACAAAGGUGUAUCUCCAAUUGUUUCAGAACAUAGAAAACAGAUUGAUGAUUUAAAGAAAUUUAAGAAUGACUUUAGGUUACAGUCGAGUUCCUCUUCAGAUGCAGUGGAUCAGCUGCUAAACAAAACCCGAGAAGGUGAAAAAUCAAGAGAUGUAGUUAAAGAAAAGACAGAAUCAACCCCUAAAGAAUCUAUCAUAGAAACUGGCAGUAAUACUAACUCUAAUGGUGGCAGUAGCAAACCUAAUAGUCCAAGUAUUUCUCCUUCAAUAAGUAAUAGUUCUGAGCAAAAGCGAGGGCCUGAGGUAACUUCACAAGGUGUACAGACAUCUGGGCCUGGAAGUAAACAAGAUAAAGAGGAUAAAGAGGAGAAGAAAGAUACUUCUGAGCAAGUUAGAAAAUCAACACUUAAUCCUAAUGCAAAAGAGUUCAACCCUCGAUCUUUUGCUCAACCGAAACCUUCUACUACACCAACCUCCCCUCGUCCGCAAGCUCAACCUAGCCCCUCCAUGGUGGGUCAUCAGCAGCCAACCCCAGUGUACACUCAGCCUGUUUGUUUUGCACCAAAUAUGAUGUACCCGGUUCCAGUGAGUCCAGGCGUGCAGCCUUUGUAUCCUAUUCCCAUGACGCCCAUGCCAGUGAACCAAGCCAAGACAUAUAGAGCAGGUAAAGUACCAAAUAUGCCACAGCAACGGCAAGACCAACAUCAUCAGAGCACCAUGAUGCAUCCUGCCUCAGCAGCAGGCCCUCCAAUUGUAGCUACGCCACCUGCUUAUUCAACACAAUAUGUUGCAUAUAGUCCCCAACAGUUUCCUAAUCAGCCUCUUGUGCAGCAUGUGCCACACUACCAAUCCCAGCAUCCUCAUGUUUAUAGCCCUGUAAUACAGGGCAACGCUAGAAUGAUGGCACCACCAACACACGCACAGCCUGGUUUAGUAUCUUCUUCUGCAACACAGUAUGGUGCGCAUGAACAGACGCAUGCUAUGUAUGUUUCCACUGGCUCACUUGCUCAGCAGUAUGCCCACCCUAAUGCUACCCUGCAUCCGCAUCCUCCACAUCCUCAGCCUUCUGCCACACCAACUGGCCAGCAGCAAAGCCAACAUGCUGGAAGCCACCCUGCUCCUAGCCCCGUGCAGCAUCAUCAGCACCAGGCUGCUCAGGCACUCCACCUGGCAAACCCACAACAGCAGUCGGCAAUUUACCACGCAGGUCUAGCUCCAACCCCACCUUCCAUGACGCCAGGCUCCAAUACGCAGUCUCCACAAAAUAGUUUUCCUACAGCACAACAAACAGUCUUCACCAUUCAUCCCUCCCAUGUUCAACCUGCAUAUACCAAUCCGCCACACAUGGCCCAUGUCCCCCAGGCUCAUGUACAGUCAGGAAUGGUUCCUUCUCACCCAACUGCCCAUGCUCCAAUGAUGCUAAUGACGACACAGCCACCUGGUGGUCCCCAAGCCGCCAUCGCUCAAAGUGCACUACAGCCCAUUCCAGUCUCGACAACAACACAUUUCCCCUAUAUGACGCACCCUUCAGUACAAGCCCACCACCAACAGCAGUUGUAAGGCUCAUCUGGAAUAACUGAAAGGCUGGAUACCUUUUGUAGGCCAAAUACCCUCCUUCUACUGCUUCUGCCAACUGGAAGCACAGAAAACUAGAAUUUCAUUUUAUUUUGUUUAAAAAAAAAAAAAUUGAUUUCUUGUAACAUCCACUAGGAAUGCUAACAGUUCAUCUUGCAGUGGGAGAGAUUCGGACUGAGUAGAGGCAUUUAGGAACUUGUGGGCUAUUCCAUAAUUCCAUGCACUGUAUCAGAGUCCUGCAAGUGCCCCAACUCUGCUUGCUGAAAACUGGAAGUUAUUUAUUUUUUAAUGACCCUUCAAAGUUAUGAACUCAUCAGCUAGCAAAAGAAGUAACAAGAGUGAUUCUUGCUGCUAUUAUCACUAAAAAUCAAGACUUGGAGAUCCCUUUUACUUCUAACUAAACUUGAAACAGGUUCAGUAAAAAAAAAAAAAUUCUAAUCGUCAAACUGAUGAAUUAUUAUUUAUAAAUCACGUUUGAUGAGAUAAUCACUAUCGUGAGACAGUGAUGUAACUUUUAAGUUAAGAAAACUUUUACUUUGUAGAUAAUAUAAAAUAAAAACUUAAAAAAAAAUUAAAAAAUAAAAAAAGUUUUAAAAACUGA